AGCACAGCUGUGCGCUAGUCAGCCGAUCAGAAUCAACUGAGCAGCCACCAACUAGUUAAUCAAAUCGACAGUGGGGAGCUCCUUGAUCAUCCCUUAAACUCGUUUUUGUUGAGUUAUUCAACGACCUUCCUGCCCUUUACCCCACACAUCCACCAUUUGUGGAGACGGUAACCCGCUGCUGACUGUUGCCUGCUCAAUCUGGUAACCUGCCACUUCUGUCGUGGGCAGUAUAGCUGACAAUAAGUUAAUGCUGUUAGGGCUGAUCAAGUUAACGUUGCUGUUGGUGAUGACGAUGUCAACGGAGCACUAGCGAUAAUCAACGAAGAACGCUCGAAAGAGAUCGAGGGAGGCUAACAAGCGAAGGCUUAGCUUUUCUUCAUAAGUUGUGCUGCCGUUUCGGUCGCUCCUCACCUUCUUUUGAAUGCUGGAUAGUAUGUGUAUAGGUGUGUUUAGUGAGCACCCCGCGCUGUGCGAUAGCGAAACGAUAACAGAUCAUAGUGCCUACGGUGGAGUGGAGAAGAUCGCUGAAGCGGUCUGCUGCUUGUGCUGAUUCGUUGUAAUCGCGCCGCCGCUAGCUGCCAUAGCAGUCGUCGUUGUCAUCACCACCGUUGUUUUUGUUGCAAACACGGCCAGUUCAGUGAGCGAUCAGCUUGCUAGCGACGGUACAUAGGCACAGUCUGGACAGCGAAUUGCUGCUGGGGUCGCAGCAAAGAACUAGCACAUCAGAAGUACGAAGCUGUGGUAACACAAGUCAGGCAAUCGUCAGCUAACGCCAACGGCGUCAAAACCAACAGCCGAAAAACCCUUUGUAACAACGUCAGGGUGAAGGGGAGAAGGGGCUGCACGAGCGAUGCAGCCGCCAGCGGCAGCGGCAGUAACAAUAACAAAAGCUUGAACAGGAGCAGUGCUGCUGUUAGCACAGGUACAACUACUGUUAUUGCUGCUAUUAGAAGGCGACAAAAGCCAGUCGGGGUAGCAGGACAUGGCGCAGAUGUUGGCCAGCAGCGCUUAUUGACGAAUCCGGCUGAGCUAGACAGGCCAGAUGAAAGAACGGCUACGACAGCUGAGCCGAGGCAGCAGCAACAAAAAAGCCAGCUGUAGCAAUCCCAAUACACAUUUCGCUCUGUUUCGUCUUUGUCGACGCGGGUGUCAUGUUGCUCUGCGUUACGGUACCAGUAAUAGUCAUAGCAGGAAUAUUCGCAGCAGUUUUAUGUGCAGGUGGCGAGUGAAUCUCGAGUGGACGGGCUACGUUCAUCUACCGGGUGUCCGUUACAACAAUCAUUGCAAUGAAUAGCCUGACAACAGGCUGUGCAUCUAUCAAUUAGUAUAAGGAAAGCAGCAAAUUGGACUGAGCCAGGUCUGAUGAGAUUCUAUCCCCCGGAAUUAUCGUUGUAUAUACACCAUCAGUUACCAAAGAAAAAAAGCUAGUAAGCGAUGACGAGGUGGAGGAGUGCCCGAGGUAAACGAGCUGAAAACUUAACAAUCUCAACGAUCAACAACAGCAUAAUAUCGUCGUUUCCCAAGUGACGUGCGGAGAUUAGCUUGGUUUUUGUGAUUGUCCCCGUUCUUGGUGUCUUUUUCAUGUUGUCUUUUUGACACCUGAGCCUGCGUGCUUUAUUGGUGAUUUCGACGAGACGGCCGGCGUAUUAGCAAGCGAUUGUCCAUUCAUCUCAUUGUGGUCAAGCCAGCUACAGUAUCGAACCCGUCUCCGUUAGCCACACCUCCAAGUGUAUUAUUGGUUGUUCAGGUGACAGGUAAACACACGGUGUUGCGCCCAUUUCAUACUCGUGCAGCGUACCUAGCACCUGAAGGGAUAGUGGCGGAAAGGAACCGAUUCAACCCAGCGGGAUGAACGCGCGUCACAACAAAUUUGAGCUGACUCUCGAAGGGCGGCAGGUGCAAGAAGUUGUCACCGGAUUAUUUCACACCCUUCUUUUUUACAGAUCAACGGGGAAAUAUCAUUUUAACGAGAAUGGCUCGAGCUACCGUAUCGGAACAAUCGGAUUCGAGGAUGUGGCCUGCGAUUUUAUUGACUUUACAUAUGUACGCUGUUCAUCGGACGAGCUAAAUCGUGACUUGAACAAAGACGUAUCGGGUUUUAGCAAUGCGCUGCGGAACGCAGAAGCCGACGGGAGCGGCGGUGCCCGGGAGGGACAGAUUCAGUUGGAAUUUUACCAGCGGAAGAAAAAGAGUCGCUGGACCCUAUUCGAGGAGAACAUCCCAUGGGAAGUAUGGAUGCUUAAGGUAAAUAUCGUAAAGCUGCCCAAUGAGGCGGAGCGGCAAAAACAACGCUGUACUGCCAGCGAAGAGCUAGCUGAUGCUAUGUUUACUGUAGCAACAUCGAUGAACCGUAAUGAAUACGUUCCCCGGACGAAUCGGGCAGAAGAUCUUGAUCUUAUUUUCAACACUCGAUACACCGAUAUUCAACCAUACCUAUUCAAGGUGGGAUACCAGACGGAGUUCGAUGCGCAAUCUCCCACACUACAAAGUACCUUCAAGAAAAUGUUUCGAGGUACAAUCGCCGACUUGCUCUAAACCUUGCUGGAGGCCGUUUUCAAGUUACGAACAACUGAUUCGUCGUGUCGAAAUUGGAUACGCUUUGACUAAAUUUACGCCUUUGAUACCAAUGCCCAUAAACAAGAUAAAAACAAGAAGCAUGAAAGGCUACAAGGUACGCAAGUGCGAAUAAAUGCAAACCGAGGACAUCAGCGAACUGAGCAUACUGUGGAGUCAAAGUAAAAUUAAAAACGGCACUAUUAGCGAACUUUAGCGGGCUGAGUUCCGCUAUGAGCCGUUACCUUGCCAUGGGCUAUUAACGAUCAUGGUCACGACUACGACAGUGAGCAGACUUCGGUCCAAUGUGUUUACAAAUUUGUGUUCAUCGAUUUUGAGUUAUGCCGCGUACGUUUUUCAAUCUGUUCGUACUUCGUACCGAUGGUGACCGAGUUAGGCAAUGUGGUUGAAAUACGCACCUCCGAAUAUAAAAUACGAAACAGAAGAGCAAGUGAACAUUGUACUAUUAGCAGUGCUGAUGGAGAAAUAUUUGUUGCUAAGGCUUGAAGCAUGCCAUUCAACUUUGCCGUCAUAUACGGAAGAAGAGGAGAGUACACGUAACUUUUGAGGGACACAUCUGAUGGGAUAGACUUAGAAAUUAAGUACGAAGCUAAAUCUAUGCUAUUUAAUUUCACAUUGGCAAGAUUCGGUAGGAUAGAUAACAUGAGACAAAUGACAUAAUCUAACAUGAAGGGGUAACCAUAUGGUGAGAAUAAGUAGUAUAAAAACCAACAUACGGAAAAGUCGCCGAAGAAAUUCUCGUUCGAGAUCAACACAGGCCUUGAUGAAUUUUACAUCUACUAAGUUCGCAUAGAAGCGGACUGGAAACUAAUCCAAAUAAUGGAGUAAGCGGAGUAGAUCGUACACUGAAUCGUUCCAAGGAACACGAAGACAAACGCUUUUGAUUUGAUUGAGACAAAGUUUUUGAUUACGACGACAGAUCUUGACUGAGAAGGGGACAAAAUGAUAGAAGGUCAAGGUAAAGGGAAGUCGAAAUGAUAGAAGCUUAUUGCAGGAGGAACCCGUAAUCAUCAAGGAAGGGCACAACGCUUAGAAAGUUAGAGUUUUACGGCCUGACAAACAGAGGGAAAAGUAAGCGGCGUCUGUGAAGGGGUUUUGAGGACGAUUAUCGGGAUGUGCUUCAGUGAAAAAAAAGAUAAUCAUUUGAGUGGAGCUAUUGCUUAUUAUAUCUACUAUACAGGUAUUAUGAGCAAACUUACUAAUGAUACUAAUAGAAAGAUGAAUAAAUAUAAUUGGGCAGACGUCAGACGAAACAACAGGGGGAUAUGGUCAGGCGGAAAAAGAACUGGCCAUGUACCACGAUUUCAAUAUGAGAACAGUUACAACAACAACAACAACAACUGUAAGAAACUAUUGCUCUUAUUGAGUGAUACUAUUAUAUUAAUUAUUUUGAUGUAGAUACUAUUAUUAAUUCAUAUAAUUACUACCUAUUAACUACCACCAUUAGCACUAGUACUCCUUUUACGAUCACAACAAACAGAUCUAACCACCCUAUGUACAUUGUCACCACUGUAUGUCAGUUGUAUAUAUGACAAAAUGGAGCAAAGACCUAGGUGAUCAUCCUGUUAUGAUUAUUGAAAUCAUAUUAGUCAGCUUACAACAAUUUUGAGAAUUAUACACGAUCGGGGGGUAGGAACACAAGGAAAUAGCCGAUAUGAGAAACCAUGCGGAAGAAGCGGCCGGCGAGGGAACGUUGGGGAAAAAUGCCGAGAACAUGAUUGAAGAAUAGGCGAGGUAGCAAUGGAAAAUUAAGAAGCUAAGAAAUAGUUCGGCAAGGAGCAACACGAUGGGCUAAUAACACAUGGCAACAAGUUGAUCAUGGGAACAUAUAGAGCCAUGAGAAGUCAUCUGAUCGCACAUGACGAAAAAAGUCUGCUCUAAUUAUUGUUAUUAUAACUACUGCCUAGGAUGGUUCGGUGACAAUAAAGCAGGCCAUGGUCGAUCCCACGGAGCAUAAAUAAGAAAAAUAGAGAAAUAAAAACAGACAAGGUAGUACUGAGGCGUUGUAGCAAGUAACAUUGUCUAGAAUUGUCAUAUAUAUAUAUACACACUGUCUUGUAAGGAAGUCAUCUGUUCUAGUAGGACUGAUAACUUGGAGCGAGUGACAAGCCUCUCUCACGCUUAUGUACAAGAAGACGAAGAAGCGGCGGUGAUUCUUAAGAACACGAAACGUAUUCAGAAAAGAAGAAACUUCUUUGGACAAAAAGCAACAAUGGUAGACGUUUCAUAUGUACGUUUAAGCGGGCUUGCGGUGCCCCUUCGUCAUGAAGCCCUUUAAUAGCAAAUUGACGGAAACGAUUUCGAGACAAUGAACAUAAAGGGAAAUGGCUGAUACUGUCUAGUUUUUUUGUCGUUGUAGCAACAAAUAUGCCGACGCUAAUAAUGAUUAGUGCUGAUAAUUGUCGUAGUAAUUAAUAAAACGCUGAUGGUCAUAAUCAUAAAGGGAAAAGAUGAUUAGAGUGAGAUGAGUGAAAGGAAUAUAUAGGGAGCGCGCAGUUUUGAGCAGGCCGUUUGAUGUGAUCAAUUGAAAUAAUGGCAGCGAAGGCCAGAAACUAAUAAAUACUGAUAAAAAAAGUAUGAAAGAUAAUGAAAGAAGUCUAUUGUAAAGCGAGCACGCGAAGUGAAUGCGGACUCAACAAUAAAAAUAAGGAGGACGGUUUUCCACGUGAUACCUAGUUACCAGGAUGAUGUCUUUGAUUACUUAUUAAGUAUUGGAUAGACGCAUAAUUGGUGUCUACUUUGGCCUAUUGACCUUUUUCCUAUUCCUUUGUUAGUUAAUACUCAAUGAUAAACUAUUGGAAAGACUUUUUUUGCUCCGAUACGUUUUGUUGCAGCAUUGAUUUCAUAUCAAAAAAUGUCGUGUUCGACUUCAAGCAUGGCCACGAUGGUGACUGUAGACUGUUUUCAAUGGGUCUUAAUUGUCUUUUUGCAAAAGAUGAUUUUAGGAAGCUGAAGCUUGAACAAUCUAGAAUGCACGCAACGAUUGAUACGCGCCAUAAGUUUC